UAAAGUUGUUCUUCAAAUAGACAUGCAUUGUGACUGCAAGAAUUGUUUCAAAAGAAUUUCCAAGUGUACACAAGAUUUGCAUGGUAUAAAGUCAAUGAAUAUAGAGGAAACUGAAAUGAAAUUCAAAGUCACAGUGACUGGCAAAGUGGAACCAUUAAAACUUCAACAGAAAUUUCAGAAGAAAUUGAAGAAAUCGGUGGAGCUAAUUUCUCCAAAGCCAAAUGAAGAGAAAGAGAUUUCCAAGAAAACCAUGCUGGAAAUAUCUCUUGGAUGUGACAAAUGCAUUAAGAAAAUGCAAAAAAUUGUCACCAAAACCGAAGGGUUUCAAGGAAUAUUUAUAGAUAGGUCAAAGAACUUGGUGACAGUGGAUGGGGCAAUGGACAUUGAGUGUCUAGUGACAGAACUGAAAGAGAAGCUGAAAAAAUCAGUCAAGAUUGUUCAAAAGGAGAAAAAGGAAGAAAAUGUGGAGCCAAUUUGUUGGUGUCCAAAUUUUCAUGGUUAUUACGGGCCACAAUAUUGUGAUUGCUUUGUCCUGGAAUGUGAUUUGAAACCAAUUUGCUGUCCAAAAGUUCAUGGUUAUGGGCCAGAAUAUUGUGAUCGAUUUGUCUAUAGAGAAGCUGAAUACUGCAGAAUUAUGUGAGCUAAUUGCUGAGUUUAAGAAGGAGAAAAGGAGGAAUUAAAGAACUCUGAUUAGGAAUUUAAUUAAAUUUUAAUCUGCCUAAUCUGCCUUUGUUUAUAGAAUACUAAAAGUUUCAUAUUCCCUUACUGUGUAGAUAUUAUAUAUUGGAGUAAUCUAAUAGAAGAAUUUUAUUAUAUAACAAGAAAGAAUAUUUGGAUUUGAUCUCUUCUUCAGAUCAAUGUCUUAGGAGCUGUAAUUAACGCUUUCUAAAUCACUUUGAUUUCUGCAUUUAUUUUGUAUCUAUUGUUUCUUUUCUUCUUUUGUCCUUUUUAGUUUAUGUUUCCUUUAAGGAGAUAUAUGUGUUUAAUUUCUUUUGUCGACAUAUAUUGAACCAUUCAUUUGAGACACAUUAUUAGUAUCAUAUAAUGCGUGGCUUUAUUACUCAAUGUUAAAUUGAUACGCCGUCCCAAUUUAGAUUUUUCAUUCGUUUUCAUUUUUGUGGAACGAAGCUUAAGGGUUAAGUCUUGUAUCAUUAUUGGAGUCCAAGUGAAUUAAUUCGCGUUGAGUAAGGUUUCUAAUGUUUACCACACUUUUAUUUGUAAAAUUCUCAAGCCCUUAUAUGAAUACAGUUCCAUCGGAUCCGCCCGCGUCUAUUAUUAUGUAUCUGAAAACCAGAAGAAACUUUACCUUUCUUAAUUCCACGAAUUGCCGUUUCAUAUAACCAAAUUUUGUAAGUGGAAAAUGAACAAAUGAAAAAAUAUUAAUCCUUUGAUAUUUUAUCCGCUUGAUCAUUAUGUGAAAUAGUAUAUUUAGAGAGCUACAACAAAUUCGAUCACCUAUGUAAAUGGUAUAUACCGAUACGAAUUUUUUUAAAGGUUUUCAUCUGGUGUUCGGUACCUACGUUGGGCCCGACUAAAUCCGGAUUCCGAAAAAUCCCACAUGGGGUGGGUGGGAUAAAACGAUCCUAACAUAGGUGACUUCAUACAAACACUCUUUGAAGUUUGACUUUUUAUACAGGGCGGCCCAAGAAGAUUGGUGGUCUAAAGCCAAUUUUUAAUUUGGGGCCUUUCAGAAGGAAAAAAAAAUUAUCAUAACAUCGAUGAUUCAUUCCGAUGUUCCUACAUAGAACUUAACUUCAAGUCUCUAUGGCACAUUCUUAUCACAUAAAAUCUCGGAUGCGAACCACCAUUUCAUCCAUCCCGCUCCAAUACGAUGUUCGACAUUCUCGUCAAUAUCCCCGUUAUCUGGAUUAUUGAUUCGAGGUACUUGACUCUUGGGAAUGACUUGUGUAUCGAGCCUCACCUCCACGUUCGCUUCAUGAGUCAUGUUGUUAAACUUGCACUCCAAGUGUUCUGUCUUAGUCAUGCUCAACUUGAAACCCUUCGACUCUAGCGUUGACCCCCCUCGUGUCUCAUCAAUUAGAAUUAUAUUACCCUCAAAUAACAUGCAUCAUGGCACCUCCCCUGAAUGGGACACGUCAGCACAUCCAUCACCAAGACAAAUAAAAACGGGCUAAGAACUGAUCUUUGCUGCAACCCCAUCAUGACUCGAAAAUGUUCCGGUCUCAUCCCACUAUCCUAACUUGAGUCUUAGCGCCAUCAUACAUAUCAUGAAUCACCCUAGUGUAUGCUACAGGCACACCUCUAGCCUCCAAACAUCUCCAAAUAACCUCAAAAUAACCUCUAUAGGGACUUUGUCGUAAGCUUUUUAGGUCAAUGAAUACCAUAUGCAAGUCUCUCUUCCUCUCUCGAUAUUGCUCCACCAACCUCCUCACAAGGUGAAUGGCUUCCAUAGUCGAUCACCCCGGCAUAAAUUCUUGCACCCGUACUUCCACCAUCUGCUCCCAAGCUUUCAUAGUGUGGUUUAGCAACUUGAUACCCAUAUAGUUGAUACAAUUUUGGAUAUCAUCUUUGUUUUUGUACAACGGAAUCAUCAUACUCCACCUCUGUUCUUCGGGCAUCUUUGUCAACUUACACAUAACCCCCUCCACCUAUUUAACCUUUAUAUGGCUACAAAACCCAAAAUCAUGACGACUCUCGAAGUGCUCUAAAUCACCCAACACAAUUUUCCUUUCCACCUCAUCGUUCAAGAGACCAUGGAAGUAAGUCUGCGAUCUUUGUUGAGAAUAUGUGCUUCUUUCGCCAAUUUUUUGCCCUCCUCAUCUUUGAUGCACUUCAUUUGGUCCAGGUCACGGUCCUUCCUCUCUCUCACCUUGCUUAGCUUGUACAAUUUCUUGUCCUCGCCUUUGGCCCAAAGUUCUUCAUACAAACGGCCAAACGCUGCAGUUUUAGCUAUUGUUACCUCUAACUUUGCCUCUUUCUCAACCUUAUACCAUACAUGACCCUUUGUUUCCUCUUCCUCCUAAUCUCUAAGUCCAUUACCAAGAGCCUAUGUUGAGUCGAGAGAUUCUCGCUCGGAAUAACCUUGCAAUCCGUGCAUAAACCUCUAUUGCACUUCCUGAGGAGUAGUAAUCAAUUUGGGUCUUGGUUGACGAGCUCUGGAAGGUGACUAGGUGCUCAUCCCUCUUCUGAAAAUCCUAUCACUAAAUCAAAUGCUUUAGCGAAAUCCAACAGCGAAGUACCUCCGUCGUUUCUAUCUCCAAAAUCGAAGCUCCCAUCCGCAACGUCAUAUCCCCUCGAGGACGUCCUGAUGUGGCUAUUGAAAUUCCCCCGAGGAAUAACUUCUCGGUGUGCGGGAUACCGUGCAACACCUCAUCCAAAUCCUCCCAAAAUUGCGUCUUGACCUAAGUUGCGCGGACUCUCAUUUUUGGUGCCGCACCCGUCUCGACACGGGACGAGAGCGGGAGCGGGCUACGUCUCAGAUUCGGUCAAUUAACUUCGGAUACUUUGACCUGAGUUCAUCGACAAAUUUGGGGGGAAAUUGAGAUUUUGAUUUCUCAAAAUUAAAAAUAAACAUAUUUAAGACAUGCGAAAUGGCAUACCUUCAAUAUUGUAGUACUUUUGUCUCAUAUUUGCUGCUUUGUUUUCUAGAAAAAACAAGAAUUCAAGGGGUCAUGUUCUGAGUUCGGACUUAUAGCUCUAUUCUUAUAAUUUUGUAUUUUUUUAGCCGAAUCCCCGCACCCGUAUCCAUACUUGGAUUCGCACCCCCGAAUCUUAAAAUUUAGAUUUUGCCGAAUCCGUGCUUAUAUCGGAUGGCCGCACCCGAGUCCGUGCAACUUAGGUCUUGACCUCCACGUACAAGCCCGCUUGAGGAGCGUAUGCACUAAUGACAUUUAAAGUAAGCCCACCGACAACUAGCUUAAUAACCAUCAGCAUGUCGACCUCCACCACUAGCUCGCUGAGUUCCUUAUACACCAAACUACCUACUCCAUUCUUGUCCCUCACGCCUCCUGAGUAUCGCAGUUUAAACCCGUCAACAUCCCGUGCCUUGGUUCUCACCCGCCUAGUUUCCUGGACGCAGGUUAUAUUGGUCUUCCGCUUUCGGAGAAUCUUUACCAACUCUAUAGACUUAUCCGUUAAAGUCCCUAUAUUCCAGGACCCAUCUCUCAGGUUAGAGGCUACCUUGCCUCCCUUACCCCCUACCACUCGCCCCCUUGCCUGACCCGAGGACAUGACCUUACUCUACCAUCAUGCACUACAGUCGCUAUAAUCUAGGAUAUACUAAGCUAACACUAUCACUAUGGCAGGCAAAGAGUCAAAAAAGAAUAAAGACUAAAGUUAAGUGGCACUAGUAGUAGUCGGUAAUACAGAUAAGUACGCAGACACUGCACUUUAAGUAGCGCAAUUUUAAUUGGCUACAAGGAAAGAGACAAGAUCGACAAGUGAAUAGGAGGUACUCAGGUACCAACUCCCGAAAGGUAGAACCUGGAAUGUAAUCGGAGGUGACAAGGCGAUGUUGUAGCUCCAGCCUUGAAAGAUUCCCAGCUACCCACGCUCCGCCACGCGGCAUCACUGACGCAACCAGAGCUCCCCUCUAGCGCAACUUCGUAGACCCCUGUAAAUGUGUACCUAAAACACAUACACCACACAAAAGAACAAAACAGAAGAACAGGCGGACGGGAAUUGCUGCCGGCGCCUGUCGUUGGACAGAAAGGAAAAGGGGGAAGCGAGGAAGAGGGAGAGAGAAGAAAAAGAGAAAUUAGGAGAAAGAAAGAGGGGACAGCAGCGGCGACGCGGUACUACACUGGGGCCGGACGCUGACCAGAGAAGGUGGAGAAGAAAGAAGAGAGAGAAGAAGAAGAAGAGAAGGAAGGAGAAGUCAGACGCCAGCGACGGGGAUUGUCGCUGGCACCGAGUCUCUGACCAGAAAAGGGGUAGAGAGAGAAGAAGAAGAAGAAGGGGAGAGAGAGAGAGAGAGAGAGAAGGAAAGUCAGAAGGAAGGGAAAGGGGGACCUCACCUGGCUGGAGAGUCGUCGCCGGCGGUCUGUCUUGUGACCAUUAGAAGUAGAAAGAAGAAGGUACAGAAGGGGGAAGAGAGAGAGAGAGAGAGAGAGAGUACUAUUAAAUUGAAGAAUUGGUUAAAAGUACCUCCGCGUGUAUUUUAAAGGAAUGUAUUUUCCAUGUAAUUAGGAGCACACGGUGAAAACUUUCAUAUCUUUUGAUCAUGUCAAACACUAUAUAUCAGCUUCUCUUGUUGUUAUCUCGCUGAGAAGCCUUUGCCGCAUUAGAUGUAAGAGUAUCUGAAUAGCCAUUGCUACGUAUGUGCUGUAGGAAUUACGUCAGUCAGAACGUAACAUGAAGCAAUGAUCCUUUAGUAA